AUGUCCAACCGUAAGAAUACCGCAGCAAGUCUGUUGUUACGACAAUACAGAGAGCUAACGCAUCCGAAAAAGGCAAUCCCGUCGUUUCAUAUUGAACUAGACGAUGACAGCAAUAUUUUCUUGUGGAAUAUAGGCGUGAUGGUGUUGAACGAGGACUCCAUCUACCACGGGGGUUAUUUUAAGGCGCAAAUGCGUUUUCCAGAGGAUUUUCCAUUUAGUCCGCCAAGUUUUAGAUUCACGCCUGCGAUAUAUCACCCGAACGUUUAUAGAGAUGGCAGGUUGUGUAUAUCCAUCUUGCAUCAGAGCGGAGACCCCACGUCGGAUGAGCCUGACUCUGAGACGUGGUCGCCUGUACAAACUGUGGAGAGCGUCUUGAUUUCGAUUGUAUCGCUUCUAGAGGACCCAAAUAUUUCUUCCCCAGCAAAUGUUGAUGCCGCAGUGGAUUACAGAAAAAACCCCGAGCAGUAUAAGCAGCGCGUUAAGCUAGAGGUGGAGCGUUCAAAGCAGGACAUCCCCCCAGGGUUUGUUAUGCCGAGUUCGCAGACAGCGUAUAUAUCGCAGCGUAAUGCAGAGCCUGAGGAAUCAAAAGAUGUAGGGGACAACUUCUGGUACGACAGCGAGGAAGACGACGACAUGUAUGGCGACGACGACGAUGGUGAGGAAGGCGAGGAUGAUGACGAAGAACCAGAAUUUGAAGAAGAGGACGAUGACGAUAGCAUGGAUAACGACAGCGUUAUGGAUAAGAGGAAACCUGACAAGGCAGAUGAAGAGUCUGAAGAUGUAGAUGAUGUCAAGCUAGAUAUAAAUAAAUAA